AUGUCUUCAAUUACUUUUCGCACCCCCUUACGGCGCUGCAUUUUUAUUCGAAAUACUCACUUUUUUAACACAAGGAGACACUUUGGCGCAUCUUCCGCUAAAAAAGCUGCCAGGCCAUGGAAAUCUACCAUAAUCAGGUGGGGUAUAGCUAUUGGGGGCUUAUACUAUUACAACACAAGCAGUUUAUUUGCCGAAGAUCCAGAGAUAUCUAUUUUAAAACCAACACUUACAAAGAAGGACACUGUCGAAACAAGUAUAUAUCAACUAAAUUCAACAGAAAAAGACAAGAGGAAUAACGGAGGCAAGCAGAUGCUCGGUGAGCAGAGUCCCGAACAGGCCACAAGAACAUCCGUAAGCGGUUCUCAAGAACCGGAGACAGGGGAUGAAGAUGCUGAGAUUAUACAAGGAGAAAAUGCCUCUGGUCAACAAGAGGCCUUUAAUCCUGAAACUGGCGAGAUUAACUGGGAUUGCCCCUGUCUUGGAGGCAUGGCACAAGGCCCUUGCGGUGAAGAAUUCAAAGCUGCUUUCAGCUGUUUUGUACACUCAAAAGAAGAGCCUAAAGGUGUAGAGUGUAUAGAAAAGUUCAAGAAUAUGCAAGAAUGCUUCCGGCAACAUCCGGAUAUUUACGGUGCAGAACUAGGAGAAGAUGAAUCUGAGGAAGCAAACAUUGAGGGACAAACCGAGUUAUCAGAAAAUUCAGAAAAUUCAGACAAGACGGGCACAGCUUCAGAGCCAAAGCCCUAUAAUUCCAACCAGGGAUCUGAAUAUUCCUUGGAAAGGAAUAAAUUUACCGGCAGUGACGCAUCAGACGAGAUCACAACAAGCAAAGUUGGAGGUCAACAAGAACGACCAAGUAAUCAACUUGACGCUAAUUAA